UCCUUAUGUGGUAACAGCAGAGAGCAGUUUCACUCAUGUCACUGAUGACCUAAAGGAAGUAAGCUGCGUCUGUGUGCUUCUGACAGGAUACAAAGUUGUUGCACAGUACUGUGCCCUAUCGUGAUAAGCAGAAUCCAACUGCAAGUCAUUGCCUUGGUCAACCAUAAUCCAUGAAGCAUCUCCAUACUAUUGGUGUUGUUCAGUCAUCCUUAUUGCGCCAGAGUUUUCGCUUCAGAGUCAAACAUUUUGCAAAAUGAGUGACCUGCAGGAGGAAGGGAAGAAUGCCAUCAUCGCCUCCAUGCAGCCCUCCUCAGCCGAGCUGCUCCCAGAGGACACGUUGCUAGAGGAGAAUGCUGAAAGGAGCAUACUGGAUCCUACUUCCAGAGACGAUCCAAAAUUUAAAGACCUUCAAAAGGCGCUGGUUGACUGGAUCAAUAAUGAGCUGGUGGAGGAGAGGAUCAUAGUGAAGGACCUGGAGGAGGACAUGUACGAUGGCCAGGUGCUGCAGAAGCUAUUUGAGAAGCUGUGUGAUCGCAAGCUGAACGUGGCGGAGGUGACGCAGUCGGAGAUCGGCCAGAAGCAGAAGCUGCAGACGGUGCUGGAGGCCGUCAAUGACGUGCUGCGACCAGAGGGCUGGGCCAUCGACUGGGGAGUGGACUCUAUCCACUCCAAGAGCCUGGUUUCCAUAGUGUCUCUGUUGGUGGCGUUGGCCAUGCACUUCCAGGCCCCCAUCAGACUCCCAGAGCAUGUGUCGGUCCAGGUUGUGGUGGUCAAGAAAAAAGAAGGCCUAUUACACACUUCUCAUGUGACCAAAGACCUCACAACAACAACAGAAAUGAUGAUGGGCCGCUUUGAGAAGGAUGCUUUUGACAUAUUAUUGGAUCAUACCCCUGACAAGCUCAAUGUUGUGAAGACAUCUCUUAUCACUUUUGUAAACAAGCACCUUAAUAAGCUGAACCUGGAGGUGACAGAGCUGGAGUCACAGUUUGCAGACGGUGUGUACCUGGUCCUCCUGAUGGGUCUUCUGGAAGACUACUUUGUCCCGCUGUACAACUUUUACCUGACGCCUGAGAGCUUCGAGCAGAAGGUCCACAACGUAGCCUUUGCUUUUGAGCUGAUGCAGGAUGGAGGUCUGAAGAAACCCAAAGCACGGCCAGAAGACGUCGUCAAUCUGAAUCUGAAGUCCACACUGAGGGUGCUCUACAACCUCUUCACCAACUACAAGAACGCCGAGUGAAAAGUGAGGGGCCGCCACCCACACCCUGCUCCACACUGUGACAGAGGUCUCAAUCCCGGGCUCAGAAAGUAUAAACCCUUCUGAAAACUUCAUCCAACCAGCCCCGAAUCACCUGAUUGUGAUAUUUACAUACUCAAAACAAGUACUACACCGGUUACUCAGUGAAGUCACCUGUGUUUGAGGGAAACUUUGGCUUUUGUUUGGUUUUUUCUUCUGAACCGGGUACUUCUUCUCCACGGCCUGUAGCAGUACCAGGACUGCCUGCCUGCCUGCCUGCCUGGGUGCCUGCCUGCCUGCCUGGUGCCUUCACCAGAUGGAGCUUAUAUGGAGCUCUCUCUUGUGGCCUGGACUGUUGGAUAUAUGCCCGCAAUCAAAUACACAUUCACAUCUAUCUCUCCCACACACAAAAGAAACACGCACACAGAAACAAACAUCCACACGCAUGGACGCAUGCAUGCG